UCAUCUAUUUGACAAACAACAACAAAUAACAAAGCUAUACAAAUACAAAAAUAUCCCUUUAAAAUUCUUCACUAAACAUCGAUACAUUUUACAAACUCGCGUCACGUCACUAGCACAUCUUAAUCUGUGAUUAUCGACAGUUGAAAGUGAUCGCCUAUACACAACACACGAGAUUUAAACAGUGUCAAGUUUAAAUAAAUAAUAAAAAAAGGUUUUAGUGUCGACAACAAAUAUAUAAGUUAAUAACCGUGUUCUUGAGAAAACAAAUAUGGACUCUUCAAGAGCUGAGGCAUCGACAGAAGACCAGGAAUAUACAGAAGGAGUAAGAGUUGUUGUGUUAAAUUUACCUGAAGAUGAAGGCGAGGGUCUCGGUUUUCGGCUGACGAGGACUCUCUGGGAUCCAUACCCUUGGGUGAGAGAAGUGACUCCUGAAUCAAGAGCUGAUGAUGCAGGUCUGAAGAAAGGAGACUGCAUACUGCAGGCGGAUGGGAAGGACUUGCUUGGAUUACCUGUUGGGCAAGUUGCUGGAUUGAUACGUGGUGAUGGCGCUGGGCGUGGCGUGUCUCUGCUGGUCUGGAACUGUGGAGUGGACCCUAAAGAUGAUCCAGAGCUUCUCUGGAGUUGUGGCGGCGGUGCUCGUGGUGAGAAGUCACGACGAGCUCUUGCCGGCGUGGUGAGAGCUCUCGCGUGCUCUGUGUGUGCCUCUACAGCUACUAAACCGCUAACAUGUGCCAGAUCACAUGUCUAUUGUGAAGCUUGCUGGACGCGUUUGGAGCGGUGUGCGCUCUGCAGAGAGGCGUUACCAUCCAAGAAUUCACCGUACGCGAGAAACUUAGUGGCAGAACAGGUUUUCGAAGCAAUAGCAACAGAAUACGAACUCAAAAGCCCGCGCGCAAAGAAACCAACAGAAACUACAUCAGCAUACACAUCACCAACUAGAUCACCAAACUUAUCACCAUCACCGAACCGGCGCGGACAAUACCAACACUCGAUGAUGAGGAACAAAAAAACCGUUCACUUCACAGAAAAAUUCGGUCAAACUUACGCUUCAGACCCAAACAUCCACAGAUCUGUACACACUCAAAAUCCUACCAUAACAGUAGAAAAUUCCUUACCUGGCAACUCAGCAAAUUGCAGCUGUCAAAAUCAAAAUGACAUUUCUAUACCGAAGAUUAAUGUUGAGAGCGUAGAAAGUAAUGGUAGCAAUGGUAGUAAUUGCUCCAGUUGUCAGAAUUUGACGAUUCCGCAUCGGAUUGUCGCGCAGUUGAGGCAAGCCUGCUCUCUGGCUGAUCUGCAGAACGCAGUGCAGGGACCCGUGAAGACGGCGAGCAGUUUGGGAGACUGUAAAAACUGUCACCAUGGUUCUCUUGACAACUUGAAGAAUUUCAGCAACAUCUGUGAUGCUCCCGUGUUUCUCCUGCCUGCUCCCCCUGUGUACGUGGUAACCUGUGAUCACGGCAAGAAGGAGUAAUAAUUAUUGUAUUAAAUGAAUUAUAUUAGUAAUAAAACAUUGGAAUAUUGAUGUAAAUGCUGUUUUUAUACAAACAAAUGAGCCUAUCAACUAUUUAAUUUCAUGACAUUUAUGAAAAUAAAAAUAAAUAAACUUAUAAAGGUUAUACUAAAAAUAAUAUGUAAUAAAAUACUUUUAAAGAUUUGCGCUGAUCACGAAUAAAACUUGACUAAGACAGGAAAGAACGAAAAAACAUAAAAUGGUAAACGAAAACAUUUAUUAUCAACUUAAAUAAUUAUAUAAUAUAAAUAA